AUGGCCUUCCAGCAACCCACGCGACAGUUUACGCAGCACCAGCGAGCAGCAGCGCGCGUCGGUUCCGAAGAUGGCGACUCCGUCAUCCUCUCGGCCCAUCAUCACAACCAGCACAUAGGAGCCCCGAGCAAUGAGUCGCAGACAUGGGUACUCUUCACCCCCGGCACCGAUUCCGGUACCACCGCGUCAUACCUUGACUCGUCCAUCCAGGACGACCAGACGACCCCUGGCCGCUCGCAUGCCAGCGAUCUGGGGAGUCUCGGGACGAUAGCCCGCUCGUCACAGCUUGGAGGAGGGGUAUUAUCCUCCGCGGUGGCGCUUGAGUCAGAAGAGCCCGCUUCAGAGAGUGCGAUAGACGAUGAAGAGUUGGAUAGCUUAGACAGCCACCUCCCUGAGUUCCGGGCCGUGCCGAAUCCCUAUACCGGGCAACCAGACGACCCGAUUGUGGCGCCCGUGCUGCCAGGGCAUGAUGGGCUAGGCUCAUUUCACUUCGACGCGCAUGGAAUGAUCAGCGACGAAGUGCAAGAGAGGCUGUACGCCUUCGAAAGGUACAACCCCAACCGAGUCACUCGCGGACUGGACGGGUUCACGCUGGCCGAGCUGGAGUUCGAGAGCGAGGAGGCACAAGAGAUGGAGCGCAUGCGCAGGAUAGAGGCCUGGCGGCUUGAGCAGAGCAGGCUCUUGCUCGAAGACAUCCAGAGGGAGACCCGUAGGAGGAGGAUGUCCGAGGCGUCGGCGGCUCUUUCUGCAAGGCAGGAUUCGCUGCCCUUGGACCCGGAGGCGAUCGAGAAGAGCAUUGCCGAUGAAGAGGCAGCUGCUAUUCACCUGGGUGCUACGGACUGGCAUGAUCAGGACGCGCCCAAGGCGGUUGAGAAGGAGGAGGACGCAGAGGAGAAGAAGGAAGGCGAAGCUGAAACAAGUGAGGAAGAGGAGGGUCUCCUAAGCCGCAUCGCGCGUAAGGUUAUCUGCGACCUGAUGGGCAUCGACGACAAGCUGCUGGCAGUCCUCUUCGGCGAAGCCCUGCCAGACGAAGAGAUGCUCGAGGGAACUGCCACGCCUAAGAUCUCCCCUCAAGCCAUUGCUGAAGCACAGACGGAGUACGACAAGGCGUGGCAGCUGCGGAUGCUAGACCGCAUCGCCCGCGAGCUAGGCAUGCUGGUGCACCGCAUGUCAACCCAUUCUCCUUCAUCCUAUGCCACCUACAAGCGGGUUUUACACCAGCCACUGCCGUAUGCCGGGCUCCCCGUCAUCCCCGAGACCCCAGCCGCCGCCGAGGCGGCCAAGGCAGUCAGCAGCAACAGCAGCAGCAGCAACGCCGAAAGCCAGAAACAGCGUUCUCUCGACGGUAGUGUCGCUUCUAUGCCUCCAUUCAAGCCCACCAUCACCUCCAAGCCCAAUCUCUUCGAAGAAACCCGCACAACCUCCGUCCCGUCCGAAUCUGCCCACCAUUCUCAGUUAGCCUCCGAUUUACCGGCGUUUACCCAACAGGAAUGGGAACAAGACCUCGACAUCAAACUCGUCUUCCGCUACCUCCGCUCGCGCUUUACCUCCUCCCGGCAAACUGCCCCAAGUUUCACAAGUGGCACAUCCCACCUCGCAACAUCCAGCACCCAAGACGUCGCCGCCAAAGCAGCCCGCGUGCGCCAACACCAUCCCUUGGUUUCCCACAUCCACCACCGCUCCCGCACCUCCUUAGGCAGCGGUCCCGCGGGCGGCGAGCGUCGCUCCACAACAGGGGGGAUCAUACGGCCCGGUAGUGGGUCUGUCUCGGGAAGGCUGCAUCAUCAUCAUCAUCAUCAUCAUCAUCACUAUCACCAUCACCACCAUCACCAUGGUAUGGUGGCGGGUAGCUGUGCGAGCCAGAGCACGAGACGGACGGGCAGAAGGAGUAGUAUUGCGUCGUCGAGGGCGUCGUCGAGGCAUUAUUGGGAUAUUGGGGGGAGUAGGGCGAGUGGGAGCGUUAUUGCGAGCACGGGGCCUAUGGGGAGUUGGGGGGAUGUUUGA